AUGCGUCACGCAUCGACCACACCUACGGCGCUCGUCCUGAUUGAUAUCCAAGAGGGCUUCAAGCACCCGACCCACUGGGGCUCAUCACGCAGCACACCAACAUUCGAAUCCAGCGUCGAGACACUCCUCGCAUCCGCACGCAAGUACAACGAAACCAUCAUUUCGACCCCGACCUCCCAAGAGCAAAAGCCAGUACUCAUCCUCCACGUCCACCACCACUCCAUAUCCCCUACUUCCGCCCUCCACCCAACACACUACCUCGAAGGCUCAUCAACCCCCUCCGUCGCACCUCUGCCCUACGCAGCACCCCUCCCCUCAGAACCCGUCUUCACGAAGAACUUCAACAGCGCCUUCAUCGGCACCAACCUCGAGGCAACGCUGCGGUCCGCCGGGAUUCGGCAGCUUAUAGUGGUCGGGCUGACGACUGAUCACUGCGUGAGCACUACAGUGCGGAUGGCGGCUAACUUGCAGGUUCUGGGCGAGGAUGGAGGGGUGGAUGGUAAUGGUGUGUUGUUGGUGAGGGACGCGGUUGCGACGUAUGAGAAGGGUGGGUUUGAUGCUGAGACUGUGCAUGCUGUGAACUUGGCGAGUUUGGAUGGGGAGUUUGCGGAGGUUGUUGGGACGGAGGAGGUUUUGGCGGGUGUUUUGAGUUUGUGA